AUGUUAGCAGAGCAACAUGGCAUGGCUGGAGUGUUGAUCUACUCGGACCCACUAGAUGACGGAUACGCUCAAGGACCAGUUUACCCGGAAGGCCCAUGGAGACCAGAAGGAUCUUUCCAACGUGGAUCAGUGCAGUACAACUCGAUCUAUGGUGGCGAUCCACUUACUCCGGGCUUCCCAUCGCUACCUGGCGAGCCAUAUCUGAGCAAGGAAGAGUGUAAAACCAUCCCACACAUCCCUACACUGCCACUUUCCUACGGUCAGGCUCGCUACAUUCUCGAGUCACUUGGAGGCAAGAAGGCUCCUCAGUCUUGGCAAGGUGCACUAAACCUGGACAACGGUGGAUACUUCGUGGGUGACGAUGACGCUACAGUAUUGAAUUUGGAUGUUGCUAUGGACAAUAGUAUUGGUCCGAUCUGGGACGUUAUCGGUACCAUUGAAGGCACUGAAGAACCGGAUCAAAUGGUCAUUAUCGGCAAUCACCGUGACGCGUGGGUGUGUGGUGCUGUUGACCCUUCCAGUGCGUCGGCUGUGAUGCUGGAGAUUGCUCGUGGACUGGGUGACCUACUGAAGGACGGCUGGAAGCCACGUCGUACUCUUGUCAUCGCGUCGUGGGAUGGCGAGGAACUGGGUUUACUGGGCAGUACGGAAUUCGCAGAGGAUCACGCCGAAUUACUCAAGAAGCAGGCAGUAGCGUACGUCAACGUGGACAACGUGGUUGGUCCUUUCGUGAGCUCGGGAGGCACUCCGUCGAUCGCUAAAUUUCUCCAAGAAACAGCACAACUCAUUCCUGGCAAUCCGUUCCAUGGCGUCGAAGUUACUGAGAACUUGUACGAGCAGUGGGUAAGUCAGACUGCUAUUCGACGAUCGAGCCUUGCGGCUGGCGUCGAUGAUGGGACGUUGGCUCCUGAUCAUCUUAUCCAGUUCUUGGGCUCCGGUACUGACUUUACGGCGUUCUACCAGCACCUUGGUAUUAUCUCUGCAAACCUGGGGUACACUGUCGGUACUGCGAUGUACGGAACGUAUCACAGUACUAUGGACAGCAUUCCGUACAUGGAAACUGUAGGUGACCCGCACUAUGCAACGCACACCACGAUGGCGAAGUGGUGGGGUCUGAUCACACUGCGCUUAGUGGACAACGCUAUCGUUCCAUUCGACUUCUCUACUUACGGACUUGUGAUGCAAGAGGAUUUGGCUGGUUACGAGAAGAUCACGACAGAAAUGGGACGUCACGUUGAUUAUGCUGAGCUCCAUGAAGCGAUCAAAAAGUUUAGCAGCAACGCUGAAGUCUUUCAAGCACGAAUUGCAGAGUUUGCCAAGAAGAAUCCAAAGAAGAAAAAAGAGAUUCGCAAGCUUGAAGCUGAGCGUCAUAGCUGGAACAAGAAGCUCGUGAGUCUUGAGCGCUAUUUGCUCUCUGAUGCUGGACUUCCGCAUCGUCCGUGGUUCAAGCACAUGAUCUUCGGACCGGGAUUCUACGAGGGAUACAAGGGAGCUGCAUUCCCAGGCAUCUCUGACUGUAUUGUCUUUGAGGACGACGACGCUGCUAUCCAAGCGCACGUGGACGAUGUCGCUGCCGUCAUUAAUACGGCGGCGACAUUUUUGACGUCCAAUUGA